AGAAACAAACCAUCUCCAAACACUAUCCCCAAACCUCUCUCUCUCUCUCUCUCUCUUUAGAUAACACUCUAAUUUGUUUAGUUUCUGUGAGAUUGAUUCUUCUGAGGCCUUGAGAAGCUCUCUCAAAAGCCAUGGCGUCCUUUUCAGUCUCUUCUCCGUCGACCAUCAUCGAUGCUAGAGCUCCUCCUUCUCGUCAACCGUCCGCCUCCGCCUCUUCUCCCUCGUGUAUUUCACUUCCCACGCUUCCUCCUCCUCCGAUUCAGUCUCAGAACCGCGCCGCUAAAGCCACUGCUUACUGUCGGAAGAUUGUGAGGAACGUUGUGACGAGAGCUACAACUGAAGUUGGUGAAGCUCCUGCCACUACUACUACUACCGAUGCUGAUACUACAGAGUUACCUGAAAUCGUCAAGACUGCUCAACAAGCUUGGGAGAAAGUGGAGGACAAGUACGCCAUAAGUUCUCUUGCGUUGGCUGGUGCGGUGGCUCUUUGGGGAUCUACUGGAAUGAUUUCGGCGAUUGAUAAGCUUCCAUUGAUUCCUGGUGUUUUCGAACUUGUAGGCAUCGGUUACACAGGGUGGUUCACUUACAAGAACUUGAUCUUCAAACCAGACAGGGAAGCUCUGUUUCAGAAGGUCAAGAACACAUACAAAGACAUAUUAGGGAGCAGCUAAAUCAAAGGAGGAGGAAGAAGAAGAAGAUCCCUUAUUUGGGGGCCAUUCAUGAAUUCGAAGGAAGAAGAAGAUCCCUUAUUAAAAGAAUCUAACAGAGAUCCCACAUCUUUCUUUCGAUCUUUCCUUGUUGUAACUAAAUAAUUUUCGUCGUCUUCCUCUGUCUGUCUUUCAUACGUAUCUCUGGUCUCUUUUUCUUUAGUUCAAAAAUAUCAUCCAUUUAUGUCAAGUGUUGUAAAUUCCUCAAGACUAUAUAUGAGAUGUUGAUUUCAUGUUUUCAAAACUUGGUCUCCAUCUUUGUA